AUGGUAUCUAGAGCAGGCCCGGUUUUGUUCUCUCACGGGCUUGACGGUGCCGUCGGCGGUGGGCGUGCUGGUGGCGGUCCUCUACAUGCGCUGCCGGCGUCUGGUUCUAUGCUACCGGUGACGGGUUCUUCAACUGAUCAGUCCGGCAGCUCUUCGGGAGGUGGAGGAGGUCGACAGCGUCUGUGCUCUCAAUGUGGCAAAAACGGACAUCUUGCGGCCAGCUGCUUUGAGGUUAUCGGCUUUCCCGACUGGUACCCCCGUGGUGGUGGUGGUGGAUGCCGUGGUGGACGGCGCGGACGCGGUGGCCGUAGCGACGGAGCUCCUUGGUAUAAACGAGGUUUUCAUCGUCCACGAGUCGCCGAUGGUGACUUCGGGAAUCUUCAGAUCUGUCGGCUCAGUCAUUCGGAGGUGCUCAUAAGGAAGCUCAUCCAAUCAACAAAUUUGGACGAAUCCCCUCCAGGGAUGCACUCUAAGCCCAACUAUGCCUGUGUCGGCGGCUUCGGCCCUCCGUCGUUGUCGCUGUUGCGGGUGCCGCGAGUGGCCUGUCCUGUGGUACAGUUUCUUGGUGAAAACCUUCCCCGGUUCAUUCGGGACGGCGAUGGUGGCACAUCUGUGACAUCCCCUGACUGGGGUCGAAAGACCUACUCAUGUGUUUUUGUCGGCGUUUUGUCAUCUACGGAUAUCAAGGUCCUUCCUGAAGGCAUCGUUGGAACACUGUUGCAGUCUAUCUCCCGUUGCUCUUGCCAUCUCCAGAGUGGCUUCGCUCGGCGUGCGGUUGGCCGCGGGCGUUGGAGGUCCCGCCUUACCGUGACAACUGAGUGUGGGCUCGCCGAUCUCAUCUCCUUGGUCAGGCUUUAUGCUGAACUGAAAGAGGCUUCUCGCUGUAAUAAAGUUCUUGUUGGCUAUAUGUAUCGAUCGAUACAGAGGCCGGAAUAUUAA